CAUCCGCUGAAGUUACCGCGCCGAAUAAGUCUUUAGCGCCCCCUAUGGCAGCGCUGAGCACGCCGGAGAAACUGCUGCCAACGGUGAUGAUGCAGCUGCAGAGUCUGUCGCGUGGCACGCUGUCGCCGCACAAGUCCUAUGUGUUCUUUACGCCGAAGAAAUACAAGCACAUCUCACCGAAGAGAGGCCACGUAUCUGCGCGCGCCGGCACGCCAUCCCGAUCAAGCUGUCGCCGCUGAAGCGAAGGUCACCGAAAGAAGAGAGUGGAGAGGACAGAGGAGCGAUGGCGUCAUCGCGGCUUCUCCUGCCCAAGGUCAAGAACUUCAUCUACAUCUCGCCCGUGAAGAAGGCCGUGCAGAUUCUAAACAAGAGAGCAGCUGGCCGUCCGCCGGGGAAGAGGGCGCUGUUACCGCAGCUGAACCGCAGCGGAGCUGGGAGCGAGGGCGAAGGAAUGGGCGAGGAAGAAGUCAGGAAGGAGAAAGAGAGCCAGGAGCCGCCGUCUGUGGCGCUGGUAUUCAGCGAGAGGUUUGAGGAGGAGCGGGAAGCUGUGGCUGUGGAAGAGAAGGGCAACAAAACGGACAUCAUGUCUCAGUUGAUGGUGGCUAGUACUACAAUCCAGUAUGGCCAGAAGUCGGGAGCACCUGCCAAGAGAGAGAAGAAGACGAAGAAACAGCUGGAACAGGAAAGCACCCUAUCCCUGAUAACACCUGGCCUUGUGGAGAACGACCCUCAGCGUGAGGACAGGGACACUGUGCUAGCUAGGAGCUACCUGAACAAGCUGCGGGCAGAGCUGGCCGACCAUGAAGAGGUGUACAUGGAGGUGCUGAGGCUACUGUACGAGUUUGGACAGCAGAAUGCCGAGGAAAGAGACCCUGUACAGUUAUUCGACCAUCUGGCUGAGACACUGCGCGGUUGGCCUGAGCUGCUGCUGGGUUUUGUAGACUUUCUCUACCCUUACCAAGCGCUAAAGUGUGGUCUGCUGGAAACAAAGAUGGAAUACGAACGUGCAAGACUCUUUCUGCGGAAAUUGGAGGUGUAUUUCCGCAGGCUCCCAGCUCACUUUCAGAAGGCAUUGCGCGUGAUGGCACAGUACCAGGACAAGCUGAUCACAAGAUGGCGCGACCUGCGCGAUACAUUGCGCCCUCUCCUGAAGGGACACUCGCAUCUGCUGGAGGAGUUCUCAAUGUUUUUUCCUGAGGAGAGACCUACAGCGAGCAUGUUGACGGGGUAUGAGGAGAUCGAGCUGGGAGAUGGCGAUGAGGAUGCGCGCAGCGGCAUCGCUGCCGAUGGCUACGAGGAGAUACGAAACCCAGACCUCGGCGACGACUACGGCGGCAAGAAGUGCCAGUGCGAGUGUCACGUCAACACGAACGACCAGAUGUUCAUGGCAAGGAAGAAGCACUGCACGCCCUGCAGCAUGAGGUUUAUCGAUGGGAACAUGUACGUCAGGUUUCCCGGGUCAAAGGGACUCCAGCUCGCAAAGAUCGUCUUUCACCCCGACAGAGCGACUGUCGGUGCCGCCGCCGCCGAUCAUCAGCACAAGAUGCCAUCGUCGAGUGCCGCAGCUGAGAGGUCACACUCAGGUCAUCGGUCAGUCGACGUGAGCGAGAAGUCGCAGGUCACUGCAGACCACAAGCCCGUCGCGAGACCCGUGGAGGCAAGAGCGCCGGUUAGCGAGAAGACGGCCACAAAGCCUUCGAGUUUGGCGGGACAGUCAGUAGUGAAGCAGGCUCGGCAGCCGGCUGCCUCGACGGCGCAGGUUGCGCCACCGUACCUCGGCGGCGGCGGUCGCCGCGCGACGAGCGACGGUCGCCGCGAGAUACAGAUCUGCGACGUCGACAUCGAACUCGUCGGCGACUCACCAGAGGGCGCUGGGAAGAGCUCGUCGGAGCGGGCAGCGGAGGCGGCGACCUUUGGCGCCGUAUCUGGGCAUGCAGGUGACCUUCCGGCUCACAUAUUCAGCACCGACUCGAUGGAGUCAAUGGCCGCCUGCGUCGAUCACUCGGCGACGGCACUCACCGUGCCACCUGUCAUGCUGAAGGUGGCCGACGGUGAGCCAGGUGGCAGCACCAUCAGUUCUAAGGCUUUCGAUCUGUGUACUGGCACAAAAGAACAGAACAGUGAGCAGCUGGAUGUUGCCUUGUUUGUCGUGGAGAUGUCAUCACCGCGUUCAGCAUCGCAGGGAAGCGCAGCAGUGGAGACCUCUAGUGUUCGCCCUUCAAUGUCAGCAAAGAAUAUCACAAGGGCUGAAUGUGGCUCCCGUAUUGUUGUCUGGACGAGGGACGAUGAUCGCUAUGUACUACAGAUGUGUCAGAAGCUGGAACCAAGUGAAGAGACCUUCGUGAAGAUAGCUGAAAAUCUGCCGGAUAAAACCGCAAAGGAUGUCGAAGGCAGAUUUAAGGAAUUGCUGUGUUUACUCUGUGAAGCUGAGUCGUCUGCCACGCAGAGCGAGGGAGAUGGCAGCGACGAAGACUGCUAACUAUCUUGCACCGUAACUGUGCUUUGAGAUGAAAACAAAGUACAAGCCGACCUGGUGGGAGGGAAAGAUUGCAAAGCUGUAUUCGAUUGUAAAUAUAUUAAUAUUAGAGUAAUUAAUAAAAUAUUACCUGUAACAUCAAAUUGUUUGUUAUACAUGAAUGUAUAAAGGGUAUGGUGGUAUGUUAUUGUUAUGUAGCUCAACAUAUAAGUAGUCAUAAUAUAAGUCAUGUAAUCUAAUUAUGCUAAUCACCUUAUGCUAUGCUAUGUUAUAUGGUGUUGUGCUAUUAAAGCCAUUUACCAAAGCUUUUGUAUAUAUGAUAUUAAUUAUUACUUUUUUAUGUGAAUACAAAUCUUCUGUGGUUUAUACCAGUAAUUCAUUCAGUGUAAUAUAAGCAUCAGUGUCAUCCAAGCAAGUAAUAAUGGUCAAUAAACAUGAUUGAAUUUGUUCUGAGUAA